AGAAUUGAAAAAAACUUAGAUAAAAAAUAAAUUCUAAUUAUUUCUACAAUAAUUUUAUAAGAGGGAGAAAACUAUAUAUGUUUCAGCCAAACUACAAUCGUACAUGUUAGAGCUUAAUUUCUGCCGUUUUUUAAUCAUUUUUGAGUAUUGUUAGUUUUCCAUAUAUACAUUUCAAACAAUCCUAUUAAAUAUUAUUUUAAGUUAUCAAAAAUUACUAAAUUUGAAUUAGCACUGGAUGAAAAUUCAGUAGCCGUUUCGUUUAUAUAUACCCUGUAUGUGAAAUCAUAUAUUAGUGUAUUGAGUAAGGUAUUUAAUUAAUAGUGCGUUUUGUUUGAAAAAAAAAGAUUGGCCCAUUUGGAGUUAAUGAAAAGCUUUCAUGAUGCCCGUGGAAAAAAAUAUCUCGAUUAUCGGGAAUUUUAUGAUUUUGCGCAGUGAAAGGUCGUCGCUAUCGCCAUUGGCUGCUGGAACGUCACACCCCUUGGCGUUAUCACAUAUCAUCCCCCGUAGGGUCCUUUCCUCCCACGAUAUCCUGCAGUGACCGUGGAGAGCGAUGCCGUGACGAUACCGGUCACUCUUCGCUUGCGCGCGAUUGUCGCGGUGAUGUGUCGUGAGAUCGCAGGGACGUGCCAUGAAGACCGUGUGAAAAUGCGAGCCGAACGGAGCAGCUGAAGCGCCAAACUCGAGCGAUAAAGGUGUAUUAUUGACGCGGACGCACGUGUUACAUUUUAAAUUAUGAGACUGGCCUCGGAGUGUCGGCGGCUUCUCCCGAACGAGACAACAGUCGGGCCAAGCUACGCCGAGUAUCAACAUCCCCACCCUGUGCGAGAGCGAAAAGCUGCAUCACAUCUCGCGGACACCGUCGCCGUCGUUCCGCCGUAAAAUUGCAUCUCUUCCAUCGCGCUUUCGACGGAGCAUCGCGCCGUGACCUCCCCCGCGUGCGAACGGACGAACGGGGAUGAGGGAGUCUCUCGAGCUAUAUUAUGAUUUGUAAAUGCGCACGGUACGCGCCGCGCUAUCGCAACAUAUCAUGGAGACAGUACGCCUUUUGAUAAACGUCCUAAUACUGUUCAGCUGGUGCGCGAAGGGAUCCGUCGGGAACGCUCUCGAAAAAUGUAUUCUUCCGCUCGGCAUGGAAGAAGGAAAAAUCCCGGAUGAAGCAAUCACCGCGUCGUCCAGUUACGAGAUGAAAUCUGUCGGUCCUCAAAAUGCGAGAAUACGGCAGGAAAAGAACGGUGGUGCAUGGUGUCCGAAAGCUCAAAUCAGUAGCGCCAUCCGCGAAUACCUGGAAAUCGAUUUGACGAGAGACCACCUUAUCACGUGGACUGAGACUCAGGGAAGAUUUGGUAAUGGUCAAGGUCAGGAAUAUGCCGAGGCAUUUUUUCUGGAAUUUUGGCGGCACGAAAAAUGGCAUCAGUACAAAGAUUUAAGAGGGAACAAGGUCCUGCGUGGCAACAGUAAUACAUAUCUAGUCGAGAAACAAAAGUUAGAUCUACCAUUCGUCGCAAGUCGAGUAAGAUUUGUUCCUUAUAGUCAGCAUCCUCGCACUGUCUGCAUGCGCGUCGAGAUUUACGGCUGCGCCUGGAAUCAAGGCAUUAUUAGUUACACCGCGCCUAAAGCUGAUACAGAUGGACCUAAUGGAUGUAACGUUGAGGAUAUAUCAUAUGACGGCACGGAAAUCGAGAAUUUAAUGUUGAAUGGACUGGGACAAUUAACUGACGGCAUAAUCGGCAGUGAAACGGAAAUCUUGGAAUCUGACAGAGUAACCAAUUGGGUCGGAUGGUAUGAUCGGGAUAAUGUAGAUAUAUUCUUCGAGUUCCAAUUUUCUCGAAAAUUUAGAAAUUGCACGAUUUACGUGGCCAAUCUGCCCGAUCUAAAUGUUGAGGUGUUCUCGAUGGUACACUUUUGGUUUUCGUCAGAUGGCAAGGAGUACCACGAAAUACCGGAAACAUUUCAAAUAUUUAACGACCCUAAGCUGAACAUCAUUUCUGGUAGCAGCAGCGAAAAGAAUAGCAAAAGUAAAAACGGCGCUUUGAUAUCUAUUCCAUUGCAAUCGAGAAUCGGCAAAUUUAUCAAGAUGGAAAUAAAACCUCAGUCGAAAUGGUUGUUGCUAAGCGAAAUUACAUUUGAGUCAGUUCCAGAUUUAAAAAACAACACUAAUGGAGCAUUGGCACGCUUAUCAUGGACAUUUGCGAAUAGUAACGAGAGCGUGUCCCAGAUAAUCAAUCAGGAUCAGAUCGCGAGAAUAAAACAAAUAGAUGAGAAGGAAACUAAGACCGAGAACGGCGAUCUAGAAACUCAAACUGAUAACAAACUCAGAAGCGAGGCUGGCGACGACAAAAAGAUUAACAUUCAACAUGAAGGUGUGAUGACAGGAAAACCGAAAAUUGACUCGAACGAAACCACGCUGGUAUUAAACGAGUCGAAUUUAACGCCGGAUGCCUUUCCCGUGAACAAUUCAUCGACAUAUAUCGGGCUAAUUAGCGCUGCGUUGACCAUAAUAGUUUUUUUUUCGGGUUGCACGAUCUUUCUGAUAAAGCAAAGGGGCCGUAACAAAGUGGCCCUGUUACAAAAGCAUACCGCGUUAUUAUGCGGCUCGCCGACGCCGGGUAUCACGAUCAAUACGAAGGAUAUCAAAUUACCCACACCGAUUGUGGUAAACAAUCUGUCGCAAUCUCGGCUAUCGUUGAAAAGCAAAAUUGCCUCGAAUAGCGAUUACAAAUUCGGCGAUGGCGAUACGAGCGAGCAGCACAGCAUUUACGAGAGGAUUAAUAAAAUAUCCCCAGAACCAUAUGUUAAAUGUGAAGCGAGAUCUAAUAAAACGGAACAUUUUGAUAGUAAAACCAAUGAAAACUUUACCGAUGAAACACGAGUGGAAUGCGUAAUGCCAACAAUGUCGAAAAAACUGAGUCACUCGCAAAUUGGAAAAAUUAAUCAGAGAGUAUACGAGAGUUAUUACGCGGCUACGGAUAUAUUGACGAUCAAAAGACGCGAUCAGCAUCCUGUCGUGAGUCUGUUUACGCCGCUGCUUAUUCGGGAUUCCAUCGUAUCGUACAAACGCGGAACUUACGAUGUUCCGCGCAUUUCUCGACAUAGAUUAAGAAUUCUCGAUAAGCUUGGCGAAGGAAAUUUUGGCUUGGUUCACCUAUGUGAAGCGAAAGGUAUACAAAAUCCAGAUCUAGGCAUUCUUCAAAAUCGUCAAGUAGUUAUAGUCCGAUCCUUAUGGCGCGGCGUGGUUGACGCUUUAAGGGAGGACUUUAUGAACGACAUGCAUAUCUUGGCUGAAAUACGGGACGUCAAUAUCGCCAGGAUAAUCGCGAUUGUCGAGGAGGAACCUUUUAGUGCCAUUUUCGAAUACGGAGAACUCGGGGAUCUAUCAAGUUUCCUAAAAAGUCGCGAUCGCGACGCGCCAAUAAGUUACGAAUGUUCCUUAAAUCUGGUGACGCAAAUUGCUUCGGGUAUGAAGUAUCUUGAAAGUUUGAACGUACCGCAUUGCGAUCUAGCAGCCAGGAAUUGUAUUGUUUGUAAAGAUCUACUGAUUAAAGUAUCCGAUCAGGCCAUGUACUGCAGUAAAUACGACAGCGAGUAUUAUAUCGACGAGUGUUAUGCGAAAAUACCAUUACGUUGGAUGGCAUGGGAAGCAGUCCUAUCGGGAAAACGAAGCUGUCAAUCCGAUGUUUGGUCAUACGGCGUAACGGUUUGGGAAGUGCUGACGCGCUGCGAGGACAUACCGUAUGCUGACCUGACCUCGGAACAGGUGUUGGAGAAUUGUGGCCUAUGGUACUCGUUGGACAACGGCGGUAAGAAGAAAUGUCCGCGGAUCCUCGAGCAGCCGGUGUUUUGCGCAGACGAUCUGUACCGGCUGAUGCUGCGAUGUUGGUGCAAACUUGCGGAGGAUCGACCCAGUUUCCAGGAGAUUUACUGCUACCUCAAGAAGCUGACUCUGGAUUAAGUGUGUGCGCAAAUGCAAAUGCAUCUCUGCCGAAAGAGCAUAUGAAAAACAAUUCAUGCUCCAGCAGCAGCAACAGCAACAGCAACAACAGCAGCAGCAGCGGCGGCGCGGACCAAAUCAAUUACAAUCAGCUAAGAAGCAUCCUUCUUUCUUGAUCGCUUUCGCAGAUGGCUCGAAUUAACCGAGCGAAUUGAAUCGAAUCGAGGAGUCGUGAAUGCCUAAACACUACAACAGGAUGCUCUCUGGCCACUAAAAUUACUGCUCAACUAGAUUUAUCUAAUUUUGAUUAUAUAAGUAAGUGUAGGCUAAAACAACGUAAACGAUAAAAUUUAACGCCGCGGAUAAUCGCAAAUUUCUCGUAUAAUAAUAUUCUAAACGUAUGUCGAGGAAUAAUCUGUGAGGAAUAAUGUUUCGACGAUUAUUUCCAUAACAAUCAAUAUUCACGAGAAAUAUGUGAUUUCGCGAGCGAAUAAGAGAGAUUCACAUCUAUUUACUAAUUUAUUACUUUACAUAUCUUUCCUACGCUUAUACAUAUACAUAUAUAUGUGAUACUCAUUAUCGUUUUUACUGUUAAAAAAUAUCGUUCCAUUUCUUCUAUAUCUAUUGUCCAAGUAGCCGAGAUCGCAAUAAAAUGACGACAUGAAUAAGCUUUCCGAACGAAACUCGUCGCAAUUUUGCUAGAGUUUUCACAGAUUCUACGUAAAGCUUUAGUCACAUUUUGUCGAUCGGUUACUUUAUAUCGUCAAGAUUCGUUGCAUGUAGCCGAAGCAAAAUAAUAUAAGAAAUCGGCAUAAACGAGCGUAAUACUCGAAUUACGUCGAAGAAUGACAAUCAGUUUUGCUCAUCUAUUUAUAUGUAAUACUUAUUUUACGAUGUGGCAAUUGCAUUGCCACUUACCCAUGAAACCGAGACAAGACCGAGAAUAUGUUUAGGAACAUAGGCGAACAGUAAUCACAUCGCGAGCACAACAAAGACCGACAACGAGCGAGGAGAAUAAUAGAGAUUUCGUGCUCGAUUCUUUGUUUUCAAUCUGCCGAGAAUUAUUACAUAAAUUGUAUCGAUUGCUCGUUCCUCUAUUUUGAUGUAUGCAACAAAUGCAUUCGCCGAGCAUUCAAUUGCAAUUUCCUUUCCAUUUAUCUCCAGGCCCUGGCGGUACGAAAUUCGCCGAAAUAUCAAUUUAGGCUGUUUUUAUUUCUACCGUUUUAAAACAGUUAUUGUCCUCGUUCGUUGUCGGUCUUUGUUGUGCCUGCGUUAUUUAUUACUGUUUACCUAUGUCCCUAAACAUGCUCUUGUGUCGGUUUCACGGGUAAGUGGCAAUGCGAUUGCCACAACGAAAUAAUAUCAACGAUAUACUCGUAUUGAUCGAUUCAGCUUGUCUAUCUUAGAAAGAGGGCGGAUCGUUUGAUCUUUAAUCAAAUUUCGCAAUGACGCAAGAUUUUUAAAUAGAAAUAAUCUUCAUAUUAUAUAUAUCCUUUCUUAUAUAUAUGUAUACUUAAGCUAAGUCAUCUCCAAUUUUAUUCGGAAAUACAUAAUAUAUAUAUAAUUCGCGGGAUGUAUUUGGAACGAAGGUGCUCUUUACGAAUCACGUUAUUGCGUUAUUAAUUUUUCCAUUUUAAGAAUAGGGAUGUAUUUAAUCAAUUUCUGUGCCAAAUAGUUACGAUUCCGAAAGAAUGUGUUUCAGCGAAUACGUAUUUGGUUUAAAUGGAUAUAUAAUAAGGUUUACAAAGCAUACUUCCAUUUUAAGAUACACCCCGUGCGGAAUAAGUAAUGCGAGUUGUUAACUAGCAAUGAAAAAAGGAGCAAACGAGCAAAAAACAAGAAUCAAUUAUGAUUAUUCGAAACAACAACGACGAUAAUAACGAUUAUGGUAAACGUACAAUUUUAGAUUAUAUAUGUUUAUAACAGAUGUAACGUUUAAUUAAAUCAAAUUUGUAAUAUCA